UCCAUCAUUCAUUGGAAUCGAACCGGCAAUCCAGAUUGGUGUGGUUUGUCGGCAUAAAAAAAAUCCAAGCAAAGAAGCUAAUAAUGAUUCCUUGGGUGUGAUUAGAAUGACUCGUUCAAAGCUCUUGAAAUCUUUCUGACGUCAUUAAGUUCUGCAACUACUGGAUCUGCCUCCUUGGCUUUUUCCGCAUCGCGAAGCGACAUUCUGCAACUCUAACUCCCUAUUUCAUGGUUCUAUAGUCAUUACGACGUCAUCGCAUGUCUUUCCAGGGUCUUCCAAAAUGGCAAUAGUAAUUCCCAGGGAACUAUUCAAAAGGCCUCCCAAUCCCCCUCCUUAAGAGUUUUUGUGUUCCAACCAUUAGCUUUCAAUUAUCGGAAUACUAUAACAAAUACGUCCAAAAUGACUACUUUGCACUACUUGCCUCCCGUGAAGCCCUCUGCCAUUGCACUGGGCACGAUUUUCACUCACACUGCUUCUUUGGGCAUCCUUGCCCCCGUAUUUGGGGAUACCUAUCAUCGUGCCCAAGCUGCCAAUUCAAAGGAAGAAUUUAUCAAGUCGAAGGAAGCAGCAGGAGCAGCUGCAGCUUGGGGCAGCUCCCUCGUUGGAAGUGCGGUGCAGACCUACGGAGUGGCUGCUCUGAUCAAUGCAACCGGUACUCUGAGUUAUAAGGGCGCAGCAUAUUUGGGAAGCUUGAUCUUCAUGGCUAGUGCCGCCCCAAGCUUCAUCUCUCAAAUCUUCACCGAGAAAAGACCGCUUGAUACUGUGGCUGUUGGUGCAGUCAGCAGAGUUUUCGAGACGGUAGGGUUGAGCUUGUUCUUAACCUGGUGGGGUACUCGCACGAACCCUUUUGAUUAGAUUCAAGUGAUUCUUCAUGACGAAUCUAGUAGACUGUUGGGUUAUAUGUGGGAAUAUUUCUAUGGUAUCAAUUUGAUGCCAUAUAUGUAUAAGUUUGCAGCCCAGAACAUAUCUGAGGAUGGUUUCAGUCAUGCAUAAUAAUCACUAUAGUCCAGGCAACAACACAACAAUGGUGUUCAGUAAUAAUAAAAUAGUUCUUCU